AUGAGUUCGUUCGCGUCUUUGAGCGUCUGUCGGUCUUGUUCUUUGUGUUCCUCGUCGUCUGAAUCCUCCUCCUUCUCAUCGAAGAAGAAGAAGAAUACGAUGAGAAUUUCCCCGACGGGGAAGGAAAGAUACCGUCGAGAAUUCAAAGAAGAAGACGAAGAAGACAUCGACGGGCAAUUCGCACUAAUUCGAUUCAAACAGUGGCUGAAAUCCUUACACAUCGAAACGAUGUGCACGUCUGAAUUCGUAUUCACGCGCAAAAUGGGGAUCGGCGGGAUCGUUUUGGAGGAUAAAGAGGAGCGAGACGUGAUUUUUCGGAUACCGUUAGGGGAGAGGAGGAGGACUUCUGAAAUCGGCGCAACAGUCGCCGGGAGGAAUUCGACGGAAACGACGUUACCGACGGCGAUGCGAUGGGACGUGUUUUUACGCGCCGAUUGCGAACAGCUCGGGUUUAGCUCGAAAGUCGGGGAGAUUUUCGUGAAAGAACAGUUCGCGAGUAAACUGAGAGGCGUUUUGAUCGAAGACGAUGAUGAAGAAUCGGAUUUUAAUGACGACGAGGACGGGGCGAACGCGUCGUCGUCGUUUCCGUUGGAUUCGACGAGGACGAGCAUGUUGGCGAUGGCGCUGAUGUAUCAGGAUCUGAAAGCGAGGAGUACUCGAAGAGCGGAAGAGUUAAGAGGAGAAAACGGAGAUGAGAAGGAAGAAAGCUCGAGGGAUGAUUAUUCACCGCAUUGGCAGGCGUACGUGGAUUUGUUGCCGACGAACGUGGAUUCGCUUUUGUUGUGGUCGACGGAGGAGUUGGCGUUUUUGCAAAACAGUCGCAUCGGAGAGAGAGCGAAACGGAGGAAGAAAUUGGUCGCAGAGGAGUUUCAAGUUUUAUUUUCCAACGCGAGUUUACGAGAAGAGUUUGAGCGGUUGAUGAUGCCGCAGACAAAACAGACGCAGACGCAGACGCGACAACGAAAACGACUGACGCCGUUUCGAUUCGAGACGUUGCGAGAAUGGUUCGAAUGGGCGUACGCCACGGUAUUAGCGCGCGCGUUUACGCUUCCGGAAAUCGAAAACGGCGCUUUGCUCCUCUGUCCGGGCUUGGAUAUAUUCAAUUCCGCGAGAGACGCGGCGAAAUGCGAGGUGCGACUUUCUCCUCACGACGACAUCUCUUUGCACGCGACAGUGGGCGGAUAUCGCGCCGGAACGCAAGCCUUUCACGAUUAUGCCGAUAAAAGUAGUGGCGGCGCACUUCUCGAGUUUGGUUUUAUCUACGACGACGACGAGCGGUUGAAUUUCCCGCUUUUUAUGGACGACGACGACGAAAAAGAAAAAGCAAAAGAGUCGACGACGUUCAUUUACGAAGGCGCGACGGAAAUCGAAAUCUCCGCCACCGCCGUGUUGCGCGACUUCUUGACGCACCCGCGCGUUCUCGAAAAAUGCAAACAACUCGACGUCCUCGCCCCGUCCUCGACGACCGAAAGACCCGUCCUCCGCAAAUUCCUCCUCUCCAACGUCACCGAAACGCCGUGGGACUCCUCCGCGGAAACAAAAAUCCUCCAUCCUUCCUUCCAAUGCGUCUCGAAAGAUUUACUCGACAUCGUCCAAACGAUCGAACGAGAAUGUAUAACGACGACAAAAACCCCAACGACGACCACCACCGCGUCAUCUUUGUUGCGACGAAUAUACAAACGCGAAUUCGCUCGAUACUCGGCGACGUCCAUCGCGGAAGAUUUGACCGCGUUACGGCGAAUACAUACCCUCCUCGACGGGACCGAAAACGCCGCGGAGGAACGUCAUGUCGACAAAAACCGAAAACAACGCCGCCAAAAAAGAGUCGUCAUCGCUUUGAAACUUCGUCUGAGCGAAAAAAUCUUGCUCCGAGCGUGCUUGAACGACGCCGCGUUCGCCGAGGAGGAGAUGGACUGA